UAUCGUCGCCCUCGACUUUUACAAAUUUCGCCUCAAUUACAAACAUCCAACAACGAUAAUUCCGGUCGACAAUUGCGCAAAAUAAUCGUGAUUGAAUCUUCAUAUUAAUCGACCGCAUAUUUCCGCUACUCAUACCACGACUAAAGUUCCCAUCAAUCAAAGCAUCGCGACAUCUCAUCCGAAAAAGAAACCGCGACGAAAGAACUCUUCGACCGAAUAAAAUCCCACACCGGUCCACCAACCUCCCUCUAACUCCCCUACACCAAACACCGUAACAACACCACCGACAAACCCGCAAAAAUGGCCAACUUCCUAGCCUCCAUCUUCGGCACCGAGCAAGACAAAGUGAACUGCUCCUUCUACUACAAGAUCGGCGCCUGCCGGCACGGGGACCGGUGCUCGCGCAAGCACGUCAAACCCUCCUACUCGCAGACCAUCCUGCUGCCGUCCAUGUACCAGAACCCGGCGCACGACGCGCGGGCGCGCCUUACCCCGGAGCAGUGCGCGAACCACUUCGACGCCUUCUACGAGGACCUCUGGUGCGAGCUGUGCAAGUACGGCGAGCUCGAGGAGCUCGUCGUCUGCGACAACACCAACGACCACCUCGUCGGCAACGUCUACGCCCGCUUCAAGUACGAGGACGCCGCCCAGGCCGCCUGCGACGCGCUCAACUCGCGCUGGUACGCCGGCCGCCCCGUGUAUUGCGAGCUCUCGCCCGUCACCGAUUUCCGCGAGGCGUGCUGUCGGUUGAAUAGUGGUGAGGGCUGCGUUAGGGGCGGGUUUUGUAAUUUCAUUCAUAGAAAAAAUCCGACGCCUGAGUUGGAGAGGGAGUUGACGCUUAGCACGAAGAAGUGGCUUAAGAUGAGGGGAAGGGAUGAGAAGAGCGUUAGUCGGAGCCCGAGCCCGGAGCCGACUAGGAAGCGGUUUUAGGGUGCUUGGGUCUGAGAAGAUGGGUGGGUGAAUGAGGGACUGGGUUGUGGUUGAGAAAUUCGAGAUGUGUCUUAAGGGGAAUUAUGGCCCUGCGAUCUUACAGUCAUGAUUGAUCAUACCUCGGAUUACUACUAUGGAAGUGAUCUCGAUCGCCCAGAUAGGAGGAAGUCAAACAUUAGCAGGGAAACUCAGUGAUAGUGGACGGAGACGAGAAGAUCAGAUAUGAGCAGGCAGCCGGGUUAGCAUCCGGCAGAACGAGGAUACCCCCAAGCUUUCGCCUGCCUAUUGUAUUGCUAGAAGGAAAGAAUAAUGAUCCUUGGGGAAACGGAUUGACGAACGAAGAAACUUAUUUUCAUGCAAAAGGAGAGGCCCACAAUACUAGGGAAAAACUAGGUUCGGCGUUAAUAGGAAUUUCAAUCCAGACACAUUUCUUGAAACCGUCUCGAUACAUAAUCCAAGGGU